GCUUUUUUCACUCCCAGACCACUUCUCUUCUCUCACUCUACUCCUCAUUCCCUUCUACUAUUCCUUACUUUACUCUUCUUUAAAAUCUCUUCUUUCUCACAUUAUCUCCAAGUUAGCUAAUAAGAUCAUUAACCAAAAUGGUUAAAUUGGUAGGUGUUCUUGUUUGCUUCUUGAUUGUGACCAUCGAUGUUGUAGCUGGGAUUCUAGGCAUCCAAGCAGAAGUUGAACAAAACAAGGUGAAGCAUUUGAGGCUGUGGAUAUUCGAGUGUAGAGACCCAAGUGAAGCAGCUUUCAAGCUUGGGUUAGCUGCAGGAGCUCUUUUGGUUCUAGCUCAUGUAUUGGCUAACUUGCUUGGUGGCUGUCAAAAUUGCAUUUGUUCUCAAGAUGAACUUCAAAAGGCAUCUCCUAAUAGACAACUCUCUGUGGCAUGCCUCAUAUUCACCUGGAUUAUAUUAGCCGUGGGAUUGUCGAUGUUGGUGAUAGGGACUUUGUCGAACAACAAGGCAAGGGCAUCCUGUGGUUUCACACACCAUCAUUUCCUGUCCAUUGGAGGCAUUUUGUGUUUUGUUCAUGCCCUGUUUUCUGUUGCAUAUUACAUAACUGCCACUGCCUCUGUUGAUUAAGACACAAUCUACCCUUUACCCAUUUUUAAUGUCCUUUCUAACUUUAAUUCACCACCAUCUUCUUCUUCUUCAUUAUUAUUAUAUUAUUAAUGUUGUUCAUCUUGAUUAAUUAGAAGUUAUGUACUAAUUUCAUCUCCCAAGUUGUGAGGUGUAACAAUAGCUACAUAUUAUGUGCUAUAAAGCCCAUUUGGUAUUUA